CGCCCUGGGCCAGGCUCCGCGGCCAUGUGACCCGCGGCCGGGACGCGACGGGACGCGCCGGGACGGCAGUCGGGGGUCGCGGGCGCGGCCCGGGGCGGGGGCGGCAUGAAGCGGAGGUGGGUCUUCGUGCUGCUCGACGUGCUGUGCGUGCUGGUCGCCGCUCUGCCUUUCGCCAUCCUGACGCUCGUGAAUGCCCCGUACAAGCGAGGGUUCUACUGUGGCGAUGACUCCAUCCGCUACCCCUACCGUCCGGACACCAUCACCCACGGGCUCAUGGCCGGGGUCACCAUCACAGCCACUGUCGUCCUUGUCUCAGCCGGAGAGGCCUACCUGGUGCACACCGACCGCCUCUAUUCCCGCUCUGACUUCAACAACUACGUGGCUGCCAUCUACAAGGUGUUGGGGACAUUCCUGUUUGGGGCUGCAGUGAGCCAGUCGCUGACAGACCUGGCCAAGUACAUGAUCGGCCGUCUGCGUCCAAACUUUCUCGCCGUGUGCGACCCUGACUGGAGCCGCGUCAACUGCUCAGUCUACGUGCAAGUGGAGAAGGUGUGCAGGGGCAGCCCCGCCAACGUCACUGAGGCCAGGUUGUCUUUCUACUCUGGACACUCCUCCUUUGGGAUGUACUGCAUGAUGUUCUUGGCGCUCUACGUGCAGGCGCGGCUAUGCUGGAAGUGGGCACGGCUGCUGCGGCCCACCGUGCAGUUCUUCCUGGUGGCCUUUGCCCUCUACGUGGGCUACACCCGCGUGUCUGACCACAAACACCACUGGAGUGACGUCCUCGUCGGCCUCCUGCAGGGGGCGCUGGUGGCCGGCCUCACUGUUCGGUACGUCUCCGAUUUCUUCAAAGUGCGGCCCCCGCUGCACGGCCCGGAGGAGGAGGAGCUGGAGCGGAAGCCCAGCCUGUCGCUGACGCUGACCCUGGGCGAGGCUGACCACAACCACUUCGGGUACCCUUCGGGUACUUCUUCCUCCUGAGCUGCGGGCCGCCUGGGCAGGGCCCUCUGCGUCCGGCCAGGUCCCGGUGGCACUCUCACCUGGGUGGCGCCAGGGCUCUGGACGGGCUCCAGGUGCCCUGGCCCGGCCCCAUCUCCUGUGCACUGGACCUGGGGUUUUGGGCUCCCGGGGCAGCCCUAGCUUGGAGGGGACCCUGUCCUCAGCUCCCUCAGUACCCCCUGCGUUUGUUGGGUUAGGGAGGGACCGAGAGAUCCAGAUGGAAGCUGUUUUUGUAAAGUGUAGUGCAUAUGUGGACUUUUUAGUAAAAUAGGGCAUUUUUUGGACAAGUUGUCAGUGCCCCGUCCUGAGGGCUGUGUCCACCAGCAGAGGGCACCCUCCCUCAUUGCUCAGCUGGGCCGGGUGCCAGUAGACGGUUAAGUCACCGAGACCGCCCGGGUCAGGAAGAGGCCAAAGUGGAGCCCGCGGCUCCCCUCCCGGUUCCCGUGUGCAGUGCCGAGGCUGAGGGUCAGGCGGGGUCUCAUGUGCAGGGCCCGGAGCAGAAGGCCUCUGCAGGCCUUGGACCCUGGGCCAGGAGGGUUGGCAGUAGGGGGUCCUGAUUCCGGUCAGCCUCAGGGUUCUCCCCUCCCCGUGUGUGGAGGCCACUGUCGAAGGCCCACGAUGUGGCCUCUAAGGGCCGCCUGGUGGAAGUUUGGAUGUGGGCCAGAGCUCGGCCAGUGGGCCUCGGUCCUGCCUGCAGCCCCUGGAGGCUGCGUGCAGGCUGCGUCAGGGUCAGGGUCGGGAGGGCUGCGCCCGGCCCGAGAGACUGCUCGCAGGGUUUGGGCCUGGAGCCGGGCUCCUUGUCCCCUUUGUGCUCCGGGACGUGCCCUCUCCUGCUCUCGGGCGGUGCCCACCUGCGGCAGCACAUGCCGGCCAUUCCUGGGGUUGACCGCUCCCUGUGGUCCUGGAGGACUCGGCAGUGCUCACCCUCCCUGUGCUCAGUCCUGCCCCCCGCGCUCUGGCCCGGGACCCGUGUGUGUGGCUGCAGGAACACGCCCUCUUGUCCCCCGCCCUGGAUCGUCUCCUCACUCACCGCUCACGGGAGUGAGUGUCGGGAGGUGAAGCACAUGAGGCUGUGAACUAAGCUCUAGAAACAUUAAGGAAAGCGUGUUCGAGACCCAGCGCGGGCGGGCUCUGUGAUCCGGGAAAUGGAGAAAGGGAACUGGAAGGAACUCUGGGCCCAGGCCGAGCGGUGGCCCGGGGCGCGGAGCACAGUGAGCAGGAGCGUCCACCCCUGGCGGUGGCCCCUGAGGUGAUGAGGAAGCUUCUGCUGCUGAUGGCUGUGGGGCCGAACCUGGCAGGACGUUCGAGGUCACUGCUCAGGGAAGCUCGGGCAGUAAGUUUAAUGUUUGACCAACCAGCCGUGUGAUGUGGGCAACUUGCUUUUAAGUGUCGGUGUUUUAUUUGUGCCCAGAACUUGUGUUACUCCAUGUUCCUUGCCGGGUGCUCCUCUCAGGCCUCCAGGGUGAUGUGGCUCCUGGGGACUGAGACGGGGGAGGUCUCCGGCUGCCGUGGCCUCGCCUGGUGCCGCAUAGACGGGAGGAAGGGGACCCAGAGGCAGAACAGCCGCACACCCAACGUCAGGGGCGCGGCCUCCCUGAAGGUGUCGGGCAGGCUCCUGGCCGGAGAAGCCACAGUGCAGCUGCCCAGGCGUCCCAGGACCCAGGAGGAGGCGACGGCGGUGCCCUCACGGCGUGUGAGCGGCUCUCCCAGGCUCAGAGUGUGUCUGUCAGGGAACGGGGAGAACGUCCAGCGGGAUUCCACAGGGCGGCUGGAGCAGGGAGCAGGUGGGAGGGACGAGUCGGGGCCCCUGACACCAACCGCUGCCUCCCCCUCCUCCCAGUGCCGUGACCGGAGGCCAGGACCCCAGUGAGGCUCUGGGCCCAAGUGUGGAAACAGCCCCGGUAAACGCCGCUCUGGACGUGGUGUGCUGGGCGGUGCGGUGGCUGUGCUGGGGUGGCCGACGGAGAGGAGCAGAGCGGUGAGGACGUAGCUGGGGGUCUGGGUGCUUCUCCGGGAGGCCAGGGGCCACGCCGCGUGAGCGGAGAGGGCUGCGCUGGCCAGAGCCGUCCCGAGUGCUCGAGAGCCGGAGCAGCUGUAGCCUUCGGAGCAGCACUCUCCCACUACUGGGGGUUGAUCUCAGGACACGUCACACGCUGUUCCGUGUGAGCCGUGUUCCAGGGCCAUUGACUCUCACAGACUCUGCCCCGUCGCGGUCACGUGAAGUCAGGACGCCACCCUGGGUGCACACGCCUCCCCGUGUUACAUCCCGAGGUGGAGGAGUAUUUUCUCUUUUUCUUUUGUUGGUUCUCACGGGAAACCCCUCGAUUCUUAGUCGUGUAAAUAUUUCCUGGGUGUGUUCUCGGUGCCCAGCGUCCCCCACCUCGUGACAUUAGCUGGUUUUGGACAAACCCCUCCUGAGCACUGAGUGACACGAGGGACUUUUUGCUGGUGUGUUGGGUGCGACGUCAUGGUGUGGUUUUGUAGGAAAUGGUGCUUUGUGGCCGUGCGUUCUGACGUAUUUAGGAGUGAAAUUUUCUGAUGUCUGUAACCAACAAUAUUUCACAAUACAAAAAUGUGAAGCAAACGUGGCAAAAUUU